ACUGACUAACUGUGAGGAUGGAUAGUGUCCUGCUGCUGUUGUCCCUGUGGGCUCUGGUGGGGAGUGCGUCUCUGCAGACUGUAGGCCCAUGUCCAGAUAGGCUGUUGGGGCAGGAGAGGAGGAAGACUUGCCCCCGACCCUGCACACUGGAUCGAGACUGUGGCAGCAAGCGCCAGUGUCUGUGUGACGGCCAGUGUGGGCUCAGCUGUGUGGCUCCAGGCCGGACAUGUCCUUGGCCUCUCCCUGUGGCAGAGAACACUGAGGUGCGCCUGCUGUCUCCCACUCACUCCUUCUCCGCUCUGCUCGAGGUGCGCUGCAAACCCGGCUUUGCUCUGUCCAGCGGCUUGGAUGCCAUUAUUCGCCGUUGCCAAGGUGACAGACAGUGGAGCGGGGACGAGCCCACUUGCACAGAAGUGCAGAUCACAGAGGGAGAACCAGAGCCAGAGCCAACAGAGGCCUUGACCUGCCCGCUGCCCAAAGAUGUGACUGACACGUUUAGUAUCCAGGGAAACGCUUCUGUGGGGACCUCCAUCCACUACAGCUGCCUGUCUGGAGCGGAUUUAGUGGGCAGCAGUGAGAACUUCUGUCAGGAAAACCAAACCUGGCAGUAUCCCCAUCCCAUCUGUAAAAAGGUGUACUGUCAGCCUCCUAAGGACGUGGAGCAUGGGUACGUGGUGGCCGUGCAGAAGACGGAGUAUGAAGUGGGAUUUGACGUUCACUUUCUGUGUAAGAAGAACUUCCUGUUGGAUGGGCCUCAGAAGGUGACGUGCCUCCCAAACGGCAGCUGGAGUGAGGCGCCCCCCCACUGCAGAAUUCGCUGUCUCAUUCCCGCUGAACGCAGCCGCGUGGUGAUCGGGGGAGUGAAGCGCUGGCCCUUUGAUGUCACUGAUGCCAUGGUUCCUCACGGGGAAAACGUCACUUUUUUCUGCAAACAUCCAAAUAAAAUGUGUAGCUUCACUGCAUCUCAGACCUGUUACGACGGACACCUGCAGCCUCCAGCCUGCUACCUGGAGCCCACAUGGCUGCAGUACAAACUCUUCCCUCAUCGCCUGGUGUCUGAGAUUGAGGCCUGUGAUUUGGAGGAGAUGGCCUGAUGACCUUGGCCCACCAGAACACAGAGUCACAAUAUGAAACACAGCAACUAUUCUAUUCUCCUAUAUCAUCUACUAUAACAGGUGUAUUGGCUGUCGUGUCCACUGUCCCAUAUGCCCUUUGGACUAUAAGUUAACUUUCCAUUAGGCUUCACAAAUGCAACACAACGGCUCCCAUCUGUUAUGCUUUCUGAUUUCUGAAUCCUUGUGCAGAACAAAUAAAUGCGUUUUUAUAGUGACCUUUUAUUGCGAAUGGUCCAAAGUACACUGAAAUAACCAUACUAUUUAAUCACCGACUGCCCUUUUGUUUUCAUAUUAUCCUUAAAAUGCAAAUAUGUGCAAUUUUACACUAAAUGUACAGAACAUAGCUCCAAUCUAGACAUGCAUUUUAAUGUCAUUUUACUCUUU